GGCCCCCGCCAUGGGGAAGACCAACAGCAAGCUGGCCCCCGAGGUGCUGGAGGACCUGGUUCAGAACACGGAGUUCAGCGAGCAAGAGCUGAAGCAGUGGUACAAGGGCUUCCUGAAGGACUGCCCCAGCGGCAUCCUCAACCUGGAAGAGUUCCAGCAGCUCUACAUCAAGUUCUUCCCCUACGGCGACGCCUCCAAGUUCGCGCAACACGCUUUCCGCACCUUCGACAAAAAUGGCGACGGCACCAUCGACUUCCGGGAAUUUAUCUGCGCCCUUUCGGUCACCUCCCGGGGGAGCUUCGAGCAGAAACUCAAUUGGGCCUUUGAGAUGUAUGACCUGGACGGCGACGGGCGCAUCACCCGCCUGGAGAUGCUGGAGAUCAUCGAGGCUAUCUACAAGAUGGUGGGCACCGUGAUCAUGAUGCGCAUGAACCAGGAUGGGCUCACACCCCAGCAGCGUGUGGACAAGAUCUUCAAGAAGAUGGAUCAGGACAAGGAUGACCAAAUUACCCUGGAAGAGUUUAAGGAGGCGGCCAAGAGCGACCCGUCCAUCGUGCUGCUGCUACAGUGUGACAUGCAGAAGUAGGGGCUGGUGAGGGGCAGGGCCCCUGGCCAAGACAGGCAUGGUCACCUCCUCCCAACCUGAUGACCUCCCUGGCUGAUCCUCACUCAGAGGCAGGGGCACCCCAGCCUCAGCCUCUGGUCCACUUAUUCCUCUGCCCAUGAGCUCCUUCCCCUCAGUCAGGAGCCUUGAGGGAUCACCUGACCCUGCCACAAAAAGACAGACCCUCAAGGGCCCUGUCAUUUAGCCCCACCCCCAGCCUUGGCCCAAAACCAACAUCCCUUGGGCAUAGGGGGCUUAACUUUUGCCCCCAAGAGGCAGGCUUAAGGAGGGAGGAAAUGGGGCCGGGGUCCUGCUAGGAGAUCCUGCAAGUCCUGGGAUUAUGUUUUAUAGAAUAUGGUCUCACAGGUCCCAGUCCAAGGGCCAGUUAGGGUCUUGUCCUGCCCUGGGGACUCAGAUCCUUCAACAGUGGUCUCUUUCCUGCUCUCUCAGCAAUCCUUGGCCCCUCUGGCCCCCAGCCUUUUGGAGCGUUCACCUAGUCCUUUCUUCAGCUAAUGUUUGUUGAGCACGGAUUCAAUGCCAGGCACCUCCAGGGUGUAAGGAGGUGGCAGUUGACAAGACACGUUUCAUGCCAUCA